AUCCACCUGGUGAGCGUGCAGUGUCGGCGUGAGUUCGCAGCGCGUUUUUCAAUUAGCGGAUGUUAGGUACGCGACUCAUUUUUCCCAAUUUGUCAGAGGUGUAUUAGCUCGAAAAAGUCAAAGGCAGCUGUUUGUGCCGCGGCCAAUUUAAUACGGCAAUCUUGUCCCAUUUCCCGCUGUAGUUAACUGGCUUUCUCGCAGCUUGUCAGCAUCUUUUGUGUUCUUAUCUCCUUGUUUUCUGCGGGGUGCAUGCUAAUUAGGUCCGCGACGUCGAAAUUAUUUAGUCGAGGCGAAGGCGAGGGUUUGAUUUUGGUGAAUUCGCGCCGAAAAAGUGAUCGAUUGGGUUCGGCGGACGAGUAGUGAACGUGAAGAGGAUGAUGGCAUUUAUCCGCGUGAUAGCACUGGCGCUAGCGCUGGCAGGCAGUUCAUGGAGUUCCCAUCCCUCCGAAUCGGCCCGAAAUCAAUACGGAGCGCGCGAGGACAGGCCCCAACCCCAGCUGCUCACCGAAGCAACAGAUCAUCCUCCAGAAGUCCUCCCGUCGCAGCAGGCCGGCGUCGCCGCCUCCAAACAAGCCACCGCCGCCCCCGACUUGCAAGUGGGGUGCGGGGACGGCUUCAUCCACGAGAACUCGCACAAGUCCGAAGUGGACAAAGCCCCCUCGAAGCCGAGACGCAAGCGGAGCUACACGCCCUGGUCGGGCCGGGUGGUGUAUUCGGUGCCGUACCCGAGUAUAAGUGUGUGGAGGCCGCCGGUGUACCAGUUACAGCGACCUUAUUUUAUACCCAUUUAUGGGUAUGAGGGGAGAGUUCCGAUUUACUACCCGCCGCAGCCGCUGCCUGUGAAUCCGGGGGUGCCGAAGGACAAUCCGCCCUUCAAAGGGCCUACGUACCUCCCGCCGACGGAGACGACUCCCAAGUUUACGGAUAGGUUCAACGGGGGGGACAACGGAGAUGAUAUGAAUGUGUGGGACGCGGUGGAUAACGGGGGGGUGACACAAAGACCUCCGCAGAGGGUCACGACUCAAGUGACUCCGACGAGAAGGACUAGACCUCCGGGUUUCCCUAAGACGCCGCCUUUGGUUCACAACCCGACGGACCCUGAGGGCUUCCCCGCCGCUAACGAAGGCGUGACGAUGCCCCCGCCCACUCCACCGAGACCCACGAGACCCACAGCACCCACAAGACCCACUCAACCCGCGCCGCCCGAGCCCAGUAGGUGCGUCUGGGCCAUCAUCUCCUGCUGCUCCUCUUCGAACGACAUCAGCUACGACUGCUUCGACCAGAGGGGUUGUCCUGGGGCUUUCUGGGACACCAACCCCUGCGACAGCGAGUUCUCCCGAGCCGCUAUCGCCGCCGCUUUGAACUACUACAACAAGUAAAGUUCCUCGUAGAGUUCGGAAAUUGUGAUCUUGCUGUAUACCAACGUAACGCGCAUUUAUGAACUAACUAUACUUAACACACUUGUACAACUGGUCAGUAUUACGAUUUUGACGAUUGGGGUGAUCCGGACUGUGGGUCCAAUUAAACGAAAAUAAAACUCCAUGUUAGUAGUAGGCGAAAGAGGAACGAAGUGGAGCUACCGCCAUCUGUCGCACUUCCUGACAGCAGCCGCAGUGGUAAUUAAAUUUGCUGAAUGUCGACUGAAUGCUGAACGGAGUUUUAUUUGAAAAGAUGUUCGAUGCUCGAAUCAGGAAACCAAUUUAAGGACCACGUCAAUUUCCGUUUUAUUAAAGUGUCGAUGCUAAUUGAACCAAAAACUACUUACGAACUCAUCCGAUAGAUGUACUUAGUUAGGUUUACUGUACAAGUAAUUUAUUUUUAUUAAGGAAAUAAACUAAGACAGAAUCGC